AACACCUUUAUCAGCCAUGCCUGCGCUUGAACGUCACAAGAGAUAAAUGACAGCAUAUUACAUGCCAUACAAACCGUUAACAUCUACGGAUCACAAUGUGGUGUGUUCUAGUCAGUACUUUUCGCAUCUUCGUUUACCAGGGAGCUGUCAGCAGUCAUAUGAGACUAGGAUAACUCACAACUCAGGCGUAAACCCACUGGUUGUGAUAUAAAGCAAUGCCCCACACUUCAGCUAUUGAUUUACACAUCAGCAAGCAAGUGACAGUGCACACUGAAG